UAUGCACACUUCAUACCCAUCACCCAUCCCUACACAGCCAAGGCAGGGAGAUCCCCGCAUCAUUGAUGAAUGGAUUCAGGGUUUAGAGUUUAUCUUUGAGGUUAUGGAAUGCCCCAAUAGGUAUCGCAUAGUUUGCGCUCAGCUUCAGCUCACUGGUGAUGCAAGGCUCUGGUGGAAUGCCUACUGGAGCAUGCGUCUCGGUGAAAAAGCGGGUUGUACAUGGGACAUGUUUAAGGAUCUAGUCCGUGAAAAGUACUACCCUUCCUACUAUCGGGCAGAGAUGGAGCGUCAGUUCUUAGCGCUCCAGCAGGGCACUCGUACAGUUGAUGAGUACGAGCGAGAGUUCACUAGACUUGCAGCUUUCGUACCGGACCUGGUUCGCACGGAGGCUCAGAGAGCUCAGCGGUUCAUUGACGGGCUUUUCCCAGCAGUCCGUCACAAUAUCGUGGGACACGGGACUCAGACCUACGCUCGUGUAGUUUCUAUCGCCCAGGAGGUGGACGCUAGCAUCAGGAGGGAGGCAGUUCGUGAUCGUGCCCAGCCAUCCGCCCCAGUUCAGCCAUUCGCAGCUCCACCAACGUUACCAGCCCCUCAGCCGGUAAAGGAGAAGAAGAGGAAGGGGAAGGGUGCACAGACGGACCGGAGCACCCGACAGAGACAGCAGCUGAUUCCACC